AUGUCUGAACAUGGGAAGAAAAAUGCAAAGCUUCUCCUUGCACCGAAGAAAACCAAAUCGGCCAAGGCUGGUCUGCAGUUCCCUGUGGGUCGUGUCUACAGGCUCCUGAAGAGAGGGAACUAUGCUGAGAGAAUAGGUCCUGGUGCUGCCAUCUACCUGGCUGCAGUGCUGGAGUACCUGAGCGCUGAGAUCCUGGAGCUGGCAGGAAAUGCUGCACGGGAGAACAAGAAAGCCAGGAUCCUGCCACGGCACAUCCAGCUGGCUGUGCGAAACGAUGAGGAGCUGAACAAGCUGUUUUCUUGUGUGACCAUUGCCCAAGGAGGGGUUACACCUAAUGUUCUUCCUCAGCUUCUUCCUAAGAAGACCAUGUCACUGAAACCACGGCACAAAGGUGUCCAGUCACAGGAAUUCUAG